AUGCCGAUUUCAGUAGUUAAAAUUAAGGUUGUUAAAAUUUUCUUGCAGCUUUCGUCCACGUUGAAGAAAAAGGAAAUAUCUUGGAAUGAUAAAAAAUAUAAGGAAAAUAUAGAGCCUAAAGAGUCUACACCAAAAUCCAUAUUAGACCGACGAGCUUCUAUAACACCUUGUUUUAGACCAAUGAGGCCACAUGAAGGACCCUCUGGAAUUUCUAUAAAUUUGCCGAAGAAAUCUUCGAAGUGUGUAAAUCAACCUUCAGGCAUAAAUAUUAAUAUUUCAAGGAAAUGUAUAGCAAGCAAAUCAAAAAUUACCAGUGACGAGCAUCGAGACAACGAAACCAAUGAAAGUUCAUUGGAGAAAGCUGAAAAGAUCAAGUGUGACGCAGCUUUUGCAAGUUUCGUCGACAAUCUUAAAGAAAAGUUUAGUAAUAUUCAAACUAAAAUGAAAAAUAUUUUUCAAACU